UUUUUCCUUUCGAAGAGAUUGGACCGUUGCCGACAUUCCUGGAGUUAUGACAGAUACUCGAAAUAGACGAAUCGCGCGUACACAGGAUGCUUCCCUAUAUCAAUAAACCGUUUGAGUUCCUGUCUGGGAUCGUUGGAGCUUCUCCCGAUGAGCUCAAGCUCGUCUUCUCCUUCUUCAUAUCCUAUCCUCUCGCCGGCCUCUUGAAACGUGUCCCAGACGCUCGCCCCGAAUAUAAAAAUGCAUUCGUGAUCGGUGGCGGCCUGUUCUAUUUAGUAGGCCUAUUCUCGUUAUGGACCGGCGUCCGAACCCUCUUCAUCUCCUCCGCCGUCACGUAUGGCCUCGCCCACUACCUACGAACGUCUGCGUACAUGCCAUGGAUCGCCUUUGUCUUCCUCAUGGGCCACAUGGCCGCGAACCAACUUGCGCGACAGUUCGCCGAUAACCCGGCCGGAAUCGAUAUCACGGGUGCCCAGAUGGUUCUCGUUAUGAAGCUAUCCGCCUUCGCCUGGAACGUGGCGGACGGCGCCCUACCCGAGGACCAGCUUAGCGAUUUUCAGAAGUCGAGGAGGAUACUCGAGCUACCUAGCCUGCUAGACUACGCCGGAUACGUGCUAUUCUUCCCGUCCCUAAUGACCGGUCCGGCGUUCGAUUAUAACGAGUACCGCGGCUGGCUCGACUGCACCAUGUUCGACGUGCCGGCGACCAUCGACCCCGCCAAGAGGCCGCCGACUAGGAAGAAGCGGAAGAUACCGAGGAGCGCGACGCCGGCCAUGUGGAAGCUCGCGAGCGGCUGCGUGUGGAUCUACCUCUUCCUCAACCUGAUCAAGCACUACAGCUUCGAGGUGCUCCUGGGCGACGAAUUCACGCAGCUCGGCUUCCUGCGCCGCGUCUUCGUCAUGCACAUGGUCGGGCUCACGGCGCGGACCAAGUACUACGGCGUGUGGUCGAUGGCGGAAGGGUCGUGCAUCCUCGCGGGGCUGGGCUACAACGGCGUCGACCCGGUCACCGGCAAGGUCUCGUGGGACCGGCUGCAGAACAUCAACCCCUGGGGCGUCGAGACGGCGCAGAACAGCCGCGCCUACCUCGGCAACUGGAACAUGAACACGAACAAGUGGCUGCGCUACUACGUCUACCUGCGCGUGACGCCGCGCAACAGGAAGCCCGGGUUCCGCGCCAGCUUGGCGACCUUCGUGACCAGCGCCUUCUGGCACGGCUUUUACCCCGGGUAUUACCUGUCUUUUGUGCUUGCGAGCUUCGUCCAGCAGGCUGCGAAGAAUUACCGCCGCAUCAUCCGGCCCUUCUUCCUCGACCCGGUCACGCAAAAGCCGCUCCCGAGCAAGAAGUACUACGACGUGGCGUCGUGGCUCGCGACGCAGACGACCUUCUCGUUCGUCGUGGCCCCCUUCGUCAUCCUGCGCUUCGACCAGUCGAUCCUCGCGUGGAGCCGCGUCUACUUCUACGCCGUGCUCACCACCGGCGCGAGCAUGGCGGUUUUCGCUUCGCCCGCUAAAAAGCAGCUCAGAACGGUGCUGGAGAAGAGGACCAAGGAGGCCGGCGCCGCGAAGAUGGUGCGCAGCGCGAGCACGGAUAGUCUUACGGGGAGGGGACGGGAGCCCGUGCUCGGCGUUAGCGAGGAUCCUGGGAGGGAUAUUGAUGAGGCUAUUCGCGAGCUUAGGGUCGAGGUUGAGAGGGCGAGGACGGGGGGGUUGGAUGUUGGGGUUAGGGGGAGGGGGCAGGGGAGGAAGGAGCAGUGAUUAAGCGUGUGGUCGGGGCUGAAGUUGGGGUUGUAAGUUGAGUUGAGUUUGCAUGAUUACUUGUGUAUGAUCACUGAGAGAGGAGAGAACGUAGCUAAAGGAGCUUGAGAAUGUGUGAGUUUGAGUCGAGAGACUGACAGACAAUUAUGGGGUGUAAUGCGCGUGCGUAUGGCUUGGGAUAGGUGCUUAAUGAGGUGUAGAUUAGAUCAGACAAAACGAGACCGGAUGAGAUGAGAGGGGAGAUUCGAGGAGUGUGCGUG